AUGGCAGGCGACGAAGCUGCAACAAGUGACGCUGCGGCAGCCCAGACGAGGGCCUUGCCGCCGUUGACGGACCAUGACUUCAAGAUAUACAACCGCAUGGCGGAUCGGAUGGAACAAUUUCACAACUACUUCCGCCAGACUUGGACGCUCCUCUGGACAGCAGCGACCACCUCCCGGCGCCCGCAGAACCUCACCCAGAAGCAAUUCCUCCAAGAGGCCAUCUCCUUUGCUCGCCACCUCUCGGCACAUCACGGCAUUGAAGAAGCGCAUGUAUUCCCGCUUCUCGCGACCCGCAUGCCCGAGUUUGACGCCAGGAGAGGGAGCUUGGUGAAGCAGCACGAGCAGAUCCACAAGGGGCUUCAGGAAUUCGAGAGGUACGUGAAGGAGUGUCAUGCGGGGAGGGACGAGUUCGAAAUGGGCGUGUUGAAGGAAAAGAUGGAAGGGUGGGGAGGCGUGCUGUGGGAGCAUCUGGAUGACGAGGUCAGGAUGCUGGGCGCGGAGAGGAUGAGGGCCGUCUGGAGCAAGGAGGAGAUGAUGAGGAUGCCCAUGUGA